AUGGAACAUCUUAAAGAAUUGGUUUCUCCUAAGACACUCCACUGGCUCAGCUAUGUGGGAAGUUUAUCGUGGAUUGGGCUUGGAGUUAUCUUUUUUGGAAUCUUUGCACCCCUGGAAAGCAACGAGACAAGAUUUGAUUUUCGCUGUGGCUCAAAUGACGACAAGGAACUUAUUCGAGGAAAGUGCUACGAACAGUAUGAAAAACAGUAUCACAAAAUGCCUGUUUAUUGGUUCGUUAUUAUUAACUUCUUCGCUACUUCAAGUGUUUGUGUAUUUUACUCACAAGUGGUAAAGUCGAGAGUUAAUGAACUUGAAGCCCAUAUACUAGUAAAUGAUGAAGAACAGCUGGCUGAGCAGAGGAUCUGGAACCCAACCCGGAAAAAGCUUUUCACAGCGUACUGUUUUCAGCUUGCUGCCAGAUUUCUUCUUGGGAUUUUUUUCGUCGUUAUACAGGCCAAUUUACUUUAUCCUCAUAACUUUCCCUCGAACUUUAACUGUAAUUUAAUCAGAGUGGACAACUUUACAAACAUUACGGUCAUUGCGACUUCCAAUGUAAAACAGACUCAAACUUCAUACGAAUGUCAUAAUCAGCGAGCUGCUAAGAAAACCCUCGGCUGUCACGCCUUGAUCGCGGUAACUGGAUUUUUUGCAUUUCUUGCAUUUUUCGAGGCUACCUUUAUCUUGUUUAAGUUUGUACGAUCAAGAAGAGAAGAAAGGUUCAUGGAAGACCCGCAAUUUUAUAAAUGUCAUCUGAAAUCGAAUUUAAAUGCUUCUCUGAGAGAACCUCAACAACAAGAGAUCGAGUUAAUCUGCACGAGCCACAAUGAUGUCAGCAAUGAUCCACCGUCAUUCAACCACGCUAUCAGAAGCGAGCAAACGCCUGCAGUUGUCACAUUCAUCGAAAGUAUGAAGACCCGUCUGCGAACAGCCACCGAUCUACCUUUGAGUGAUCUUAAAUCACCUUUCCAACCUAAACCUGGUGAAGGCUCCGAUAUAACGCUCGACCAAAUCUACACCGAUUUGAUUAUUCAUGACGGCAGGUCUAAAUUAACGGACUCGUUGAAUGGACACAGAGAAAGAUGGCAGGAACAUUACUCUAAAGCCAAUGGAAUAUUACGACCAAAACGGCCAGCAGAUAUUUUUGAUGCCAACAAACGGAACAUUCUUGCUGUCGGUCAUCCUGGAACUGGAAAAACUAUGUUUUGUACAAAGAUUCUUCGCGAUUGGGCCUCCGAUAACUUGUUCAGUGAAGGAGAAAACCCACAAUUGGAUUUCCAAGUCGCUUUUCUCGUUAAGCUGAGGAUGUUAAACUGCCUAGCUGAUCAAGAACUCAAUCUUCGAGAACUGCUGGAUCGUUCAGAGUAUUCAGCAACCCUACCCGAUGAGAAUGAAGUCUGGGACUACAUUCGUCAAAAUCCAAAUAAAGUUCUUGUGAUUUUUGAUGGAUUUGAUGAAUAUUCUGGCAGAACUAAAAUUGAUAACGAUGACAUUUUGUACAGAAACCGGCGGGAAGAAGACAGAAUGCCUCUUCAUUCCCUGCUCAAGAACAUAUUAUCUGGGAAAAUUCUCGCUGGUGCCACAGUGUUAACGACAACAAGACCCAACGCCCUGUCAUGUUUUGCAAGUCUUUGCUUUCACAGAACAGUUGAAAUUUUGGGAUUUACAACUGAUCAAGUGGAAGAGUAUGUGGAAAAGUUCACAAACGGCGGAGACAAAGCAGAAACCAUAAAGGAACACAUCAGGAGUAACCUCAUCCUCCGAUCUUUCUGCUACAUUCCCGUGAAUUGUUUCAUCAUUUGCUCGUGCUUGCUAAAGUUGCUCAUUGACAACUCUGCUGACCACCUUGGCUGCCUCCCCACAAAGCUAACAGAAAUAUACUCUGUUGCUAUCAAGAUCUUUUACUUCUGUUAUGACGAUGACCGAUACCGCCACCAUAAAGACAAAGGUAGAUACUUUUACCUUAAACCAUUUAAGGAAUUACCUGAAGCUGUGACAAGGGUGUUUAGCAGGCUAGGAGAAAUUGCUUUUAAUGGAAUUCAACAAGGAAGACUUGUUUUUGAACCACAGGAAGUCAAAGACCUAGAGACGAAUGGCUUGUUCCAGCGUUUACCUGAUACUAGCAGCGGUUUAAAAGAGGGAAAAGCCCAGUAUUGUUUUCUUCAUGUGACUGUGCAGGAGUUUUUUGCAGCGAAGCAUUUGGUGGACACCAUGAGUCACGAAGAACUGAAGACAUUUGUUUCAGAUCACAUUAAGGAAGGAUCGUGGAAAGUUGUGAUGCAGUUUGUGGCUGCACUGCUGGAACAAGAGAAACAGUCAGCUGAUAUUUUCAGCGGCCUUCUUCCAUUAUCAUCUGUUACCAGAGAAACUACAAGUCUCGAAAUCAGGAGAGAAGAGUUAGAGGCACGAACUGAAACAUUGACCUGUUGGCCAGCUCAGGACGACAAAGAACUAGUGGUGACUUUAUUCAACUGCAUGUAUGAGAACAAUUCACCCGGUUUAGGAGUUCAAAGGAGACUGGCCCAAAUUGAUUGCAAUGAGCUGGAUUUUAGUUUUUGUGGCUUGUCACCUCUUGAUUGUUUAACAUUAGUGCAUGCACUUCAAUGUAGUGGUGAAAACAUUGUGCACUUAAAUUUAAUGUCUAACAAUUUUGCUGAACCGGGUUGUAUAGAAAUUUCCAAAUUGUUUGAUCAGGGUUUUUGCAACCUAGAACGCUUAAACCUCGCUGGUAACAAUAUUACGGAUGAGGGUCUUAAGUACUUGACUACAGCACUCAUAAACAAUAAUUGCAAGCUAAACAGCUUAUGUCUCAAAGGUAACGAGAUAACUGAUAAAGGUGUAGAGCACUUGACUACAGCACUCACAAACAAUAAUUGCAAACUAAACGGCCUAACCCUCACAUGGAACAGGAUAACUGAUAAAGGUGUAGAGCACUUGACUACAGCACUCAUAAACACUAAUUGCAUACUACGUAGCGUAAACCUCGGUGGCAACGAUUUAACUGAUGAUGCUGUAAAACAAUUGACGGCAGCACUCAAAACCACUAAUUGCAAACUAAACAGAUUAGGCCUUGAUUGGAAUAGAAUAACUGAUAAAGGUGUAGAACACUUGACUACAGCACUGAUAAACACCAAUUGCAAACUAAGUAGCUUAAACCUCACUGGCAACUUAUUAACUGAUGAAGCUGUAAAACACUUGAUGGAAGCACUCAAAAACACUAAUUACAAACUAAGCAGAUUAGGCCUCGGAUGGAACAACGGUAUAACUGAUGAAGCUCUAAAACACUUGACUACAGAAACAAAAGUAACACUUAUUCCAAACUAAACCGCUUAAGCCUCGCUAACAAUGAGAUUUAUAACUGAUAAAGAUGCUACAUCACUAGAGACUACAGCACUCAUAAACCCUAAUUGUAAAAUAAGUAGCUUAAACCUCGCCUAGAAUAAGAUAAAUGAUGAAGGUGUCGAACGCUCGACUAAAGCACUCAGAGACAAUAAUUGCAACUGAUCUAAACAGCUUAAGCCUCUGUAGUACCCACACACCGUAAAAUUCUGAAAAUAAGCCCCGGAACUUAUAUUUUUCAAAGGCCCUUUUUGAGGGGCUUAUCUUUGGAGGGACUUAUCUACGGAGGGAAAUUUUCGUUGCAAAAUGGGUUGGGCUAGCUUAUAGUUGGAAGUAAAUUUACCGUUUUUGCUCUUUUUUACUUUGUAUUUGAGUGCAAUUUUCCAAGUAGAAGCAAUUGCAAACUAAACAGCUUAAACCUCUCUGGUUACCAUAGCAACUGUGCUACCCAGAUAACCGAUAAGGUGUAA